AUGCUCCUACAUCACGAGUCCCAGCAUGCGAAGCUGCAGGUCCGAUCGUUAUACACGAGUCCUCCACCUGCCAGGAGCUCUCACUCCAACAACCCGACGCUCCUGGUAUCAUGGUGGUGCACAGGUUUCGCUCUCGCCAUCAUCAUCGUAAGGAUAUCCGGCCGCUACAUACGUACUGAGCGCUUGUUUCGCGAAGAUAAGAUUAUGGCGCUCAGCAUUAUACCGCUCUGUAUUCGGAUGGCAUUCGUACACGUUAUCCUGCUGUAUGGGACCAACAACGCGAUCAUCACCGAUGACUUCAGCCCGGAAGAUUUGAGGCGACGCGCGAUUGGAAGUAGAUUGGUCCUUCCAAGUAGGAUCAUGUACGCUGCUUUCCUGUGGAUAGCAAAGUUCACGAUUUCCGAGUUCUUGAAGCGCUUGACAACCCAAUUCUGGAGACGAUCCUACCAAGUCGGCCUUCAAAUCAUCCGCUAUUUCCUGCUCGUGACUUUCGUGGCCGUGUUCAUAGCGACGCUUAGCGAAUGCCAGCCCUUCCGUCACUACUGGCAAGUGCGCCCAGACCCAGGCGCGAAAUGCCGGCAAGGCGUCACUCAGUUGAUGACAAUGGGCAUAAGCGACAUCAUUACGGAUCUCAUGCUAGUGUGCUUUCCCAUUCCGAUCGUCCUGAAAUCUACCAUGGCUGUCAAACGGAUCAUUGGUGUCAUGGAUCACAAGUACGAGCAGCAAUUUCGCUCGCUGUUAGCGUCUUUAGAAAUUCUGGCCGCUGCGGCUGUCUCCAAUGCGCUUGUCCUGGGCUCGUUUGUCCGUGAUCGAGGGACUAAGAAACAACGGUACCGACGACAUACAGCAGCCAGUAUGAGUGGCCACAGCAGCCAGGAUACUCGGCCCACGUAUCGCCGGAACAUCACUCAACAGAAUUGGGGAAGUGAUGCCGAUCUGGCAGGUGAUCUAGGCAUAUGUGUUGCCAACGACCUAAAAGAAAAAGAUCUCAAUCCACGUCCUGCUCCUUUAGCUCUGCCAGAGGAGAAGGAUGCAAAGAACCUGACUCCUAUGCCUCGGCGACGUAGUUCUCGUCCUCCUAACAUAGAGAUCGAUGAAGCCAAUAGAACACUGAACCUGCAACAGGAUCAGACGGAUUUGCCGAGUCCGGCUAGGACGCCCUCUUUCUUCGAUGUUGGCGGCCUUCUUGAAGGCAAUGAAGCUUUACCUAGAUCAAGACAACAGUCCGUUGUUGCUCACCACUUUCCAGAUGGAUUGUGGCCUGGAUCAAUACAGCAUGCAGGCCCUAGCUCCGCAUCAAGACCUACCUUUUCGAGGAAGGGAAGUGAUGCGUUUCUUGAAGAUGUCGGCGGCAUUUCGUCAAAAUGGUCUACAUCCCUGGAGCAGCGCCCCGGUACCCAUGAGCGAGGCAUAAGCCUUGCUGAUAUUCUUCGAGAAGAAAACACAGACCUGGUCGGCACGGAGAGUAAAAUCGAUGCCCGGCACGAAGCACCAACCCCAGAGAUACAAGAUGCAGGCGGUCUUCUUCCGUCGUCCAGUAUGCCAUCUACAUCCGAACAACGUAGCCUCAGCCUCAAGAGCGUGCUACGAGAUACAGGACCAGAAACGCCACAGCGACGUCCGCGGGCGCCAUUGGAUCGAGCACUUGCGUCUUCGCCCCCGGAAAUACAAGAUACUGGAGGACUUCUCUCUUCUACCUCUGGUUGA